GGUGAAAGCUCACAGCUGCGGGAGACACCAGUUAGCAGUCAUAUGGUGUACUCACAGUAUCCCAUCUACCUGAAGCCGGUGGAUGCACAUAGCUGUACGGCAUCGGGGUCGCCAGCCGACAGUCUGAUGCAGCUGAGCAGCAUUCCCGAGCAGCUGGAGCGAGGUAUCCUGAUACCCAUACCACCGAAGUCAGAGUUGACAAACCAGGGUGCUGUAGGUAAAGCCACCAGUUCAUCCAGUGGCCAGAAAAAACAUCCACAGAUGGAUUUCCUUGCUCCGGGGCAGGGGAUGCUUAUGGCUUGCGUUGUGCCAGAUGUCGAUAAAUGCAGCGCCGACUCCGGAAAGGGUCAGAGCGACGACGACGUAUUUCUGCACGAAGGAAUUCCAUCCAAACUCCCUACCGGAUUCAUCUACGUACCGGUUUGUUCGGGCCUGGAUUCCUUAAGGUUAAGGCCAAACACAGAAUUUAUCGCCGUGAAAGCCAAUCAGCUUCCAACAACAACCACGUCUGGAAACGUAUGA